AUGGCCGCCCGCCACCCAUUCCUGAGUCUGCAACCAGACGAGAUUCAAUCCACCAGCGACUCGAUUCAUGCCAAGCAUCCCGGAAAGGAACUUCUCAUACGGGUCGUCGGCCUCAAAGAGCCGCCCAAGGCAGAAUGUGUUGCCUUCAUUCAAGGGAGAGGCCCAGCCCCGGCGCGGCGCACAUAUGUGUCCUACCAGAUCAAGGGGGAGGCGACCGUCUUCGAGGACAUAGUCGAGCUAUCGAGCGGCGAGACCGUCAAGGCUCGCAACAUGGGCACAGCGUGCUACCCACCAGCCACCAACAUCGACAUGCACCGCCUGGAGGACAUCGUCAUGAGCGACCCUCUCGUACAGGCUGAGAUCGCCAGGCUUAAGCUCCCAGAGGGUACUGUUGUCCAGCCUGAGCCAUGGCCUUAUGGGACAGAGUCUGCGACGCCCGAGAGGCGCCAGUACCAGGUCUGGAUGUUUUUGAAGCCGGUGGAUCCCAAGGCGCGAGAACACCCAUCCGGCAACCAUUUCGCCCAUCCCCUGGACUUCUCAGCAGUAGUGGACGACCUAACCAUGAAGGUCACACGUAUCGACAGACUACCCAUGAAGCCGGACGAGAUAUUUGUCGACAACGAGGCAGCCGAGAAUAGGCCGUGGCAGCCGAACCCCGACGCGGAGUAUGCCUCGGAGCUUCAGCCGAAACUGCGCGACGACCUCAAGCCUAUCAACAUCAGCCAGCCCGAGGGCGUCAGCUUCCGCGUAUCGGAGGACGAGGUGGUCGAGUGGCAGAAGUGGCGAUUCCACCUCGACUUCAACUGGCGCGAGGGCGUCGUCCUCCGGGAUGUCACCUACGACGGCAGGCCGGUGUUCUACCGACUCUCUCUUGCGGAGAUGACUGUGCCAUACGGCGACCCACGGGUCCCGUAUCAUCGCAAGAGCGCGUAUGACCUCGGCGAGGGCGGCGCAGGGUGCACAGCAAACAACUUGGAGCUGGGGUGCGACUGUCUUGGUGCUAUCAGGUACUUCGACCGGUGGAUGAAUGACCACGAGGGAAAACCGAUGGCACUCAAGAAUGCAAUCUGCAUGCAUGAAGUGGACAAUGGCAUUGGAUGGAAGCACACGAACUACCGCACAGGGCGGGCGGAGGUGACUCGUAACCGUGAACUUGUCAUCCAGACUAUCAUGACCAUAUCCAACUACGAGUACAUCCUCCAGUGGGUCUUUGACACAGCCGCCAACAUCCACUAUGAAGUCCGGGCCACAGGCAUCAUGUCACUUGUGCCAGCCGAUCAGAACGCAGACCAGGACGGGAUUAGCUACGGCAUCAUGGUGUCCCCAGGCGUCAUGGCUCCCAUCCAUCAGCACAUUUUCUGUCUGCGUCUCGACCCAGCGAUCGACUCCUACAGUGAAGGCGCAAUAGUGUACGAGGACGUCAAACGCCUGGGCUGGAACGCUGCGACGAACCCUUACGGCGUGGCCUUCGGCGUUGAGUCCACGCCCGUGGAGAAGGAGUCGCACCUAGACCUCGACGCGAAUCUCAACCGCGCAGUCAAGAUGAUCAACCCCACUCGGAAGAAUGGGGCAUCGCACAAGCCCCCCGGGUACAAGGUCAUGAUCCCCCCGACCCAGCUGCAGCUGGCCGAACCGGGGUCGCUGCACGGCAUGAGGGCCGAGUUUGCAGACCACCACUUCUACUUCACUAAGCAGGAUGAGGAUGAGCUGUACCCAGCAGGUGAUUUCCCAUGGCAAAGCGUGGGUGGCACCGGCCUGCGCACGUGGGCGUCGCGGAAGGGCGAUAUCAAGGCUGGCGAGGGUGUGGUCUGGUGCACGUUCGGGUUCACUCACGUCCCGCGGCCGGAGGACUGGCCGGUGAUGCCGGUGGAGGUCUUCCGGGUUGGACUGAAGCCUGUGAACUUCUUCGAGAAGAACCCAGCCUUGGAUGUGCCGCCCAGCAAGCAGGCCGUCAACAAGAGCGUUGAGGUUGCCAGGUCACAGAGAGAACUGCAGUUGAGAUCGGCUGACUGCUGCGGACGAUCUUGA